AUGCUCCGGCCCUUUACCAGCCUGCGCCCCCUCUUCCGCCCCGCAGGCAUUCUCUGCGGCCGGCAUGGCGUCGCUUCAAGCCUGGAGCUGAGGAACAGCUUCACGACCUCAGUUGUCGCCAACCUCAAGCAGCUCCCCCCACGGCCCAAGCACCCCCCCGAGUCCGACAUUGAAGAAUCCUUCCUCAAAGGCAGCGGACCGGGCGGGCAAAAGAUUAACCGCAAGAUCGCGCGCGACCUGCUCGCGCUGAAGCUCGACGAGCUGGCCAACGGCGCGCAGUCGCGCGCGGCGAUCGUGGGCGACACCAAGCGGAAGCGGGCGGCGAGCAAGGCCAAGAAGAGCCGGCGCAAGUAUCGGAAGCUGGCUGGUGCUGAGGGCGAGGCGCAAGGGGAGGAAGGGGAGGAGGGGGAGGAGGGCGAGCUGGAGGUGGAGCUUGAGGGUGAUGUUGGGGAGGGGCAGGAACAACUACAAGCUGAAAGUUCUGUAGGGGUUGAAGAGGGGAUAAAGCAACGAGAAAAUGGCGAGGGGGAAAAGAGAGAGGAAGGGAGGUAG